AUGGCAGAUGUCGAUGUCCCAGACACGAAAAAGGCCUUCGUGCCACUCGAAAACAACCCCGAAGUAAUGACCAACCUUGUCCACGAGCUCGGCCUCUCUCCUACCCUGCAAUUCCACGACGUCUACUCCCUCACCGAGCCCAACUUACUCGAUUUCCUUCCUCGCCCCGCGCUGGCCCUCCUCCUCGUCUUCCCCGUGACUCAAACAUAUGAGACUUUCCGCCGCAAUGAAGACGCUCCUCUUUCCGAGUACACGGGCUUCGGACCCCAAGAACCUGUGGUGUGGUUCAAGCAAACGAUCCGCAACGCAUGCGGGCUCAUUGGACUUUUGCACAGCGUAACGAACGGGGGAGCGCGCGAUCACAUCGUGCCCGGCAGCGACUUGGACGAGCUUUUGCAACAGGCCAUUCCGUUGGGACCAGAGCAACGUGCGGAUCUGCUGUAUAAUAGUCAGGCAUUGGAGGCGGCGCACGCGACGGCCGCAGCGAAAGGGGACAGCACGGCGCCCGACGCGGAGACGAGUGUGGAUUUACAUUUCGUCGCGUUUGUCAAAGAUCGGAAUGGAGAUCUGUGGGAGUUGGACGGGAGGAGAAAGGGUCCGUUGAAGAGAGGAAGGCUGGGACCAGAGGAUGAUGUGUUGAGCGAGAAGGGUCAGGAAAUGGGUGUGCAGGCGUUUUUGAAGAGAGAAGAAGAGGCGGGUGGAGGGGAGUUGAGGUUCAGUGUGGUUAUGCUGGGUCCUAGUUUUGAAUGA